GUGAAUAGAGAACAUUGAAUAUGUCACUCAAUUUGAGACCAAAGAGUACAAACUUAAACCUAGAUGGCUAAACCACGCCCAUCCAUCCCCCAUUGAUUUUCUUCUUAUCCGAAACUAAGUUGCAGCAGCAACCAACCGCACUACCACAGUUGCAGCAUCUCAUUAGAAUGUCAUUUUUAGUGUUAAGUUACGGUGUCGCCGGUGCUAUCCCUCUUUCCACUCCCAACAAUUUGUGUCUUCCAAUUCCCAAUUUCAAUCGUAGCCGAUUUAACUCUCAAGCUCAUUCCAAUUCGCAAUUACGUCACAAUCUUGUCAACCCUACACCAUCAUCCGUCUUCGAACUCGGUAAGAUGUUAACUUCCCAUGUUAGAAACAAUCAGUUUCACACUGCUAUUUCCCUCUCUAAUCAAAUGGAGCUCAAUGGAAUUCAACCUAACUUUGUUACUUUGAACAUCUUACUCAAUUGUUUCUGCCGCAUUGGUCAACUCAAUUUUGCAUUUUCUGUAUUAGCAAAAAUUCUCAAGCUAGGUUAUCAGCUUGAUACGAUAACAAUAAAUACACUUAUGAAAGGCUUGUGUCUUAGUGGUCAGGUUAUUAAAGCUUUGGAUUUUCAUGACGACGUUAUAUCCAAGGGGUUUAAGCUUGAUCAAGUUAGUUAUGGAAUCUUGAUUGAUGGCUUAUGUAAAAAAGGAGAAACAACAGCUGCCCUGCAGUUGCUUAGAAGGAUUGAAGAGUUAAUGGUUAAACCAAACGUGGUAAUGUACAGUAUAGUCAUUAAUAGUCUUUGCAAGGAUAAACUUGUGAGUGAUGCUUUUCAUUUAUAUUCUGAAAUGAUUGUCAAGAAAAUUUAUCCUACUGUUGUCACUUACAAUACUUUAAUAUAUGGCCUUUGCAUUGUGUGUCAAUUCAAAGAAGCUGUUGGUUUGUUAAAUGAAAUGUUGUUGAAAAACAUCAGCCCCGAUGUUGUUACUUUUAAUAUAUUGAUUGAUGGUUUAUCUAAGGAAGGAGAGUUGAGAAAAGCUAAAAAUGUCUUAGCUGUUAUGAUAAAACAAGGUGUGAAACCAAAUGUUGUUACUUAUAAUUCUUUAAUGGAGGGGUAUUUUUUGGUUAAAGAAGUGAACAAGGCCACAUAUGUAUUCAAUACAUUUGCUCAAAGGGGAGUGAUUCCUGAUGUUGUUAGCUACAAUGUCAUGAUUAGUGGUUUAUGCAAGAAUAAAAUGGUGGAUGAAGCCAUGGAUCUCUUCAAAGAAAUGCAUUUAAAAAACAUAGCUCCUAAUACUAGAACAUACAAUUCACUUAUUGAUGGGCUUUGCAAAUCGGGGAGAAUCCCUGAUGCUUGGGAUCUUGUUGAUGAGAUGCAUGAUAGAGGUCAUCCUGCUAAUGUGAUCACUUAUAAUUCAAUAUUGGAUGCAUUGUGCAAAAACCAUCAGUUUGACAAGGCAAUUGAAUUAUUGGUGAAGAUCAAAGACCAACGAAUUCAGCUAAAUAUGCAUACAUACACUAUACUUGUUGAUGGACUAUGCAAAAAUGGAAGACUUAAGGAUGCACUAGUAGUUUAUCAGGAUCUUUUGAUUAAAGGCUACCAUUUAGAUGUGACGAUGUAUACUGUUAUGAUUAACGGGCUUUGUAAAGAGGGCUUGAUUGAUGAAGCAUUGUCCUUAAUGUCAAAAAUGGAAGAUAAUGGUUGCACCCCUGACUGCAUAACUUACACAACUCUUAUUGAUGCUUUGUCCAAAAAUGGAAAGAAUGAGAAGGCGAUGAAACUUUAUCGUGAAAUGAUUGCUAGAGGUCUUUUAUAAGAGUCGAACUAGAGAAAACGUAGUCAUUAUGGAAGAAGUCGAAGCAAUUUCGGCGUCACCAUCAGGACUAUUACCAUUCAGAGGAAGAAUUUGACAAUAUAGUUGAUGACCUAUGAGGAUAUUUUUCAGAGGAAGAAUUUGACAAUAUAGAAACAAAUUGCAGCUCAUAUGAAACCAGAAGAACCAGAAGCACGAAUAGUAACAACGACACGAGGAGAAACGACGACUCAACAGAAGAAACAAACAAAAAACAUCAAAACGACAGAGUUUGAAGAAACAUCUAGAAAAGAGAAACAAUCUGGAAAACGAAACGAGAGAUGAAGAAAAGAUUUCUACUGCGUACGAUUUUUGCUGAGAACGAAAUGACAGAGUUUGAAAACGAUAUUGCUGCCUUCAAUUUCCAGUUGUGGCCACUCUGUAGUUAACUGCGGCUGCUAUAGUGGAAAUGUCUAGAGACCCCCAGACGCUGUGCAAUACUUCGUUAUGAUUAGCGGAUGAUACAGUGAAAGAAGCACUUCAUAGUUGAACAUGUCUCCUUAUCUCCAUAGUAAGUUUUGAUUCAAACACAGUGAACACCUGUAUACGUUUUGUAGACUUGCACAAUGAACAAAGGUUUCUUUGUCUUGUUCCUUAAAGAGGUUUAUUUUAUCUAUAUGUUUUAUUACCAUAGUGCAUUUUAAUGAAGAUUGUUAUUGUCUCUCCAA